AUGAUUUUGAACAAGAACCACUGCCGAACGAGAACUCAAGACGUUGCAAAUGGACUGGUCAAGCGGCUACUAGGUUCCUGUAUUCUGUCGCUUGUGUACUGGAAAGUCGAUAUGAACUCAGAGGAAGCAAACCAACAUGCAUUCCACAGGCGUCAGGCGUCAUUGAACGUGACGUAUCCACACCAUGCUGAUGUCGUAGGUCCUUACAGCUACGCUAUUUACGCGUACGUAUCCCGGUAG